AUGUCACAAUGUUCGGCCUAUUCGCCGACAGUACAGUUUAUAGAAACAUCUUUUGGUUUUAAUAAAUUUCAAUACAAGUUAGCUGAAUGGGUUUCCAAUAGCUUACAGUAUUCCCCAACUGAUGAAUCUAAUAAGGUUUGUCGAAUUUUAGAAUAAAAAUUCUGAUUAAAAACGAAAAAUUACAACGUGUUUCAGAAACUCCAUGAAGCAGUUUUUGAAUCAAAAAAUACGAAAGAAUAUUUCGAUUCCUAUCAAUUAUGGCCAAUCAUUUUCUCGGCUUUUGGAUUUGUCAUAAUAGCUGCAACAAUAUUGUUUUUCUUCUUCACUGCUUGUUGGCAAUGUUUUUCGUCGUGCAGACCGGAAAAUUCAAAACAAAGCAAAAAAUCAAGAAUAUUUUUGAUUAUCAGUCUUACUUUUGCAAUAAUUUCAAUAUUUUCUGGAAUAUAUGUGUUCAACGCUAGUCAGGAUAGAUUGACAGAAUCUUUUGAAAAUGCAAUUCAGUUCAAAGAUUCAAUAAAAGAAGGCAAGUCAGGGAUUUAAAAUUUUGAAAUACAUAUCAAUUCAGAUUUCAACGUGGUCACAGUGAAAGGAUUCGAAGAAAUUCAAUGUGAAAUAUCAACAACAGGAAAAACCAUUUCAAAACAUGUUUCUGAAAAAAUAAACAAAGUGAUGAAAAAUUUGCAAGAAAAAAUUGGAUUCAGUGAACUUGUUGAGGUUAUUAAAACAUUGGAUUUGAACUGCUUCUCAAACUUCUUUUUUUUCAGUUUGACAAAAGCAGUAAAAACGAACGUCAUAAGUAUCGCAAGUUGCCUACCCUCACCAAUCCCACUUGUGGACAAGCAUACAAAGAAUUGAGAAACUCAAUCAUUGAAGCUGAAAAAACGCUUGAAAAAAUAUCUAGUCAACUUGACUCAAGUAAUGAUGGGAUUUCGAAAAAUCAAGAUGCUAUGAAUGAUAAUAUCAAGAAAAAAAUCGACCAAAUAUUUGCAUCAAUUACAAAUGAAGAACAAAUGAAGAAGGUGUGGUAGAUUUUCAAACAAAAAAUAAUACAUUUUUUUCAGGUAACUAAUAAUAUUGAACAACUAACAGAAAAAUAUGAUGAAACUAUCGAAAAUCACCAUAAAUCUAUUUCAAAGGUGAGUAGUUGUGUGUAUUGAAAAAAAAAACCAAAAACAUUUAGGACCCAAUUUACGGAGCCAUACAAACAUUGUCCCAAUUACUUUUCAACAUUCCUUCCGUAUUGGCUAUUACUCUUGCAUGUAUUACAAUUUUGACACUUGCAUUAUAUUCAAAAUCUGCUAAAUCUAACAUUCCAUCAUUCUGGAUAAUGCUCGGAUUUUAUAUUGUUCUUCCACUAACUAUAAUAUUCACUAUUUUGUUUAUGAUAACAUUUUUUGGUGGUUGGGCAGCAUCAACAAUCUGUGUUGCAGAAUUUGAAAAUCCUCAACAAACACUUCUCAAAACUGUUGAAUUUGAAUUUGAGUUGUUUGAUAAUAAGAUCCAAUUCAAUGUUGGGUAGGUUACAGAAAGAAGCGGAGAUAAAAAUUGCAAAAAUUGAGACUGUAGUUACCACAAACUUUUUUGUUCAGCAAGCUUGGAAUAAGUUCAAGAAGCAAUUUAACCUUGUCCCUCGAAGUUUUCAUACAUCCAUAGAUAAACCGACUUUUUCAGAAAUUUUGUGAAUACUUGCCAAGAUCCCAACAAAACACUAUUUUCUGUUAUCAAUGGACGUAAUCUUCUAUCAAAUAUUUUGCAAAAGAUGGAUUUCAAUAAAAUGGGAGCUGAAAUUCCAAAAUUAGAAACCUUCGAAAUUGAAAAAGACGACAAGGAAAAACUGAACCAACAAAUAAACUUGUUCAAAGCUCAAAAAUCAAUGAUAGCACAAUGUUCAGAAUUGAAACUUUAUAAGGAAAAAGCGGAAAUGCUCAUUGCUCAAGCUGAAAAGUAUAUUUCAUAUUUGGAUAAGAUAAAACUGUCCAUGCAGAAAAUUGAUAUGCAAGCUGUUAUGAAAAAUGAAAUGCAAACAAUUAUGGAUGAUACCGUUAAUACUCUUGUGGUAAUGAAAUUCAAUUAUAUUUUUUGAAAAUCUUUUCUUUUUCAGGAUAAGUUUGAAACAAAAGUUUUCAAGUGUCAUCCAUACUUUGAGAUUCAUCAAAAAGCAGGAAACGUUGUUUGUGAUCAUUUCGGAAAACCAAUUCAUGGAUUAUGGUCUUCAUCACUUCUCACAGCUAUUUCUAUAUUUUUCCUGGCACUCAAAUUCCUUUUUGCUUAUCGUUGGAUUCACAGUGAGGAAAAAGGACAUAUUACUUUGAAUGAAGUUGCAUAA